AUGAUUUCACAAAACUAUAUCUGGUUGCCUAAAAAUGCUGAAUUAUGUAGAUCAGGAAUAUUGUGUUUGAUGUUGUUGUUUUUACAUGCUGACGUUAUGUUUGAAGCAGUUAUCGUAAACAUUGCACUUGGACCUGCAAUAGCACGCCCCCAGCCGAACUUCUUCAUGCGAGUUGGAGCGUGGUUACCUUCUAAGACGGCCGAUUUAGUUGGUCAUUUUGCGGUUGCGGACGUGAACUCUGCGGAUGCGGAUGGUUGCUGUUUAGAAAAAUCUUCUCUGCUUGGGGCUCCAAUACACAGACAUCUGAAAUACAUUGAUGCCAACAAAGAUAACGACAUAGAGAAUACGGUACAAUUAACUUACAAAUCUUACACGUAUGCUGUUUUCAAAACCAACAGAUGGCAAGAAGCUCCUGAAGCUUAUGAAGGGAUGAUCUUCAAUGAAGCUGGUGAGAUAAAAAAACAAAGAACUGUUCAUAGAAAAAUUAUAGGUGUAAAAAAUUCUUGGCAAUAUUUUGAUGGCAUUUUGAAGUCCAGUGCAGGAGGCAGAAGCGGUUUUGAUAAUGAUGAGGAAGAUAUCGAGUGGGACGAUACCAUGCUUAAUGUCAUAGUUGGAAAUACCGGAGACUUCAAAAAAAUAAUGACAAGCAGUUAUCAGAACAGUUUGGUGAUAGCUACACUAACUGAUGAUGAUGAUGAUGGUGAUGAGGAAGGUAACAACCGCAAGGACAACAUCUACAGAAACAAUAACAAUAAUAACAUCGGAGUUCGCAUUAGUGACGUCAUCAGUUACAAUAAUAAGAACAAAAACAAUAAUCACAAUGACACCAAUGUUAAUACUGUAAAUAAUAAUAAUAAUACGAAUAACAAUAAUAAUAAUAAUAAAAACGAAAAGGUGGAGUCAAUUUACAUUGGGCCGGGCUCAAAGUUGUACAACAUAUUCAUCCCAAGAAUGAAAAGGAAUAAAAGAAUGAAGGAACGUAUGGAGAGAAUGACAAUGCCUGACAUGGACUGCACCAAAUUCGCAAAUCCCUGGAGAUGUCUUCUGAUGGAUUGA